GGGAGGUUCUUUGGAUCACAAUUCUGAAGAGAAGUAGCAGAGAAAUCCAUCUGUCAUGGCGGAUUCUUCCGGAACGACUCUGAUGGAUCUGAUCACGGCCGAUGCACCGCCGCCGCCGUCCGCCGCGUCGUCUACUUCUUCCUCCGCGACUGUCUCAUCGACGGUGGCUUCGCAGCCAUAUCAACCGCAGCAGGUGUCGUCGAAGACCUCGUUGGGAGAGAGGAAGUCCAGGAGGUCGUCUCUGCUGCAGAUUCAGAGCGAUACAAUUUCUGCCGCCAAGGCUGCUCUAAAUCCCGUCCGUGCAAACAUCAUUCCGCACCACAGCCAGAAACAAAAGAAGAAGCCAGUAUCAUAUGCUCAACUUGCAAGGAGUAUACAUGAGCUAGCUGCUACUUCAGAUCAGAAAAGUUCCCAGAAGCAGUUAGUGCAUCAUGUUUUUCCUAAGCUUGCUGUGUACAAUUCAGUGGAUCCUUCUUUGGCUCCAUCUCUUCUUAUGCUUAAUCAGCAGUGUGAAGAUAGGAGUGUCCUGCGUUAUGUCUAUUAUUACUUGGCUAGAAUUUUAGCAGACACUGGUUCACAAGGUUUGAGUCCAGGUGGUGGGAUCCCAACCCCAAAUUGGGAUGCACUGGCUGAUAUAGAUGCUGUUGGUGGGGUGACUAGAGCUGAUGUUGUGCCACGGAUAGUAAAUCAGCUUACAACAGAGGCUAUGAAUAGCGAUGUUGAAUUUCAUGCGCGGAGAUUACAAGCUUUGAAGGCUCUAACAUAUGCUCCUUCAAGCAACACUGAAAUUUUGUCCAAAUUGUACGAAAUUGUCUUUGACAUUCUUGAUAAGGUUGCUGAUGUCCCACAAAAGAAGAAAGGCAUGUUUGGAAAAGGUGCUGAUAAGGAGUCCAUCAUCCGGAGUAAUCUGCAAUAUGCUGCUUUAAGUGCUUUGAGAAGGCUCCCUUUGGAUCCAGGAAAUCCAGCAUUUUUACAUCGUGCUGUGCAAGGGAUUUCAUUUGCCGAUCCUGUGGCUGUGAGGCACUCUUUGGAAAUUAUCUCUGAGCUGGCUGCAAGAGACCCUUAUGCAGUUGCAAUGGCUUUAGGAAAGCUGGCUGCCCCUGGAGGGGCUUUGCAGGAUGUCCUCCAUUUACAUGAUGUGCUUGCUAGAGUUUCAUUAGCCAAGUUGUGCCAUAGUAUAUCUCGUGCUCGGGCAUUAGAUGAGAGGCCCGACAUUAGAUCUCAGUUCAACUCUGUGCUAUAUCAACUCCUUCUGGACCCCAGUGAAAGAGUCUGCUUUGAGGCAAUCUUAUGUAUAUUGGGUAAAUAUGAUAACACAGAGAGGACUGAAGAACGUGCAACUGGGUGGUACCGUUUGACAAGGGAGAUUCUGAAGUUACCAGAACCACCAUCAAGUUCCAAAGAUAAAUCUCAAAAGACGAGGCGUCCACAGCCCCUUAUUAAACUUGUCAUGAGAAGGUUGGAGAGUUCUUUCCGUAGUUUUUCUAGGCCAGUACUUCAUGCAGCCGCAAGAGUGGUACAGGAGAUGGGGAAAAGUCGAGCAGCAGCAUUUGCUGUAGGUUUGCAGGAUAUUGAUGAAGGAGUUCAUGUUAAUUCAUUCUCUGAUACUGCAGAUUCUCUUGAUUCAGACAUGAAUGAUGAUUCUCACCCUGAAGGUAUUCGAAAAGCUACCUCUGUAUCUAAUCUUGUGGGUGGGAAGGAUACAAUUGCAAGUAUGUUAGCCUCAUUGAUGGAAGUAGUGAGAACAACUGUGGCAUGUGAAUGUGUUUAUGUUCGAGGAAUGGUCAUCAAGGCAUUGAUAUGGAUGCAAAGUCCAUAUGAAUCAUUUGAUGAACUAAAAUCCAUUAUUGCAUCAGAGCUAUCAGAUCCAGCUUGGCCAGCAACCUUAUUAAAUGAUGUUCUGAUUACAUUGCAUGCUCGUUUUAAGGCAACCCCAGAUAUGGCUGUGACUCUUCUUGAAAUUGCAAGGAUAUUUGCAACUAAGGUUCCAGGGAAGAUUGAUGCCGAUGUGCUACAACUACUAUGGAAAACAUGUCUUGUUGGAGCUGGUCCUGAAGGGAAACACACAGCUUUAGAAGCAGUCACAAUUGUUCUUGACCUUCCACCACCACAGCCUGGGUCAAUGUCAGGAUUUACCUCAGUCGAUAUGGUAUCAGCAUCUGAUCCAAAGUCAGCUCUGGCAUUGCAGAGAUUAGUCCAAGCAGCUGUAUGGUUCCUUGGAGAGAAUGCAAAUUAUGCUGCUUCUGAAUAUGCUUGGGAAUCUGCAACCCCUCCGGGUACUGCAUUGAUGAUGUUGGAUGCAGAUAAAAUGGUUGCUGCUGCCAGUUCUCGUAAUCCUACCCUGGCUGGUGCCUUGACUCGACUUCAAAGAUGUGCUUUCAGUGGUAGCUGGGAGGUUCGCAUUCUUGCUGCUCAAGCUCUGACAACCAUAGCAUUUCGCUCUGGUGAGCCGUUUAGGCUACAGAUAUAUGAAUUUUUACAUACCUUAGCACAAGGUGGCGUGCAGUCUCAGUUAUCAGAAAUGCAUCUCAGCAACGGAGAAGAUCAAGGGGCCAGUGGUACAGGCCUUGGUGCUCUGAUAACACCCAUGAUUAAGGUUCUUGAUGAAAUUUAUGCGGCCCAAGAUGACCUCAGCAAGGAAAUCCGCAACCAUGAUAACGCAAAUAAAGAAUGGACAGAUGAUGAACUUAAAAAAUUAUAUGAGACCCAUGAAAGGUUGUUGGAUCUUGUUUCACUCUUUUGUUAUGUUCCAAGAGCAAAGUACCUACCUUUGGGGCCAAUAAGUGCAAAGCUUAUUGACAUAUAUCGAACACGGCACAACAUUAGUGCAUCAACUGGUUUGAGUGAUCCUGCUGUUGCCACUGGAAUUUCUGAACUCAUCUAUGAAUCAAAACCAGCCCCUGUUGAACCUGAUACACUUGAUGAUGACCUAGUGAGUGCUUGGGCAGCAAACCUUGGCGAUGCCCCAGCAAUGAACAGGGUAAAUGAAUUUCUUGCUGGUGCUGGCACUGAUGCUCCAGAUGUUGAUGAGGAGAAUAUCAUAUCCAGACCUUCAGUUAGUUAUGAUGAUAUGUGGGCCAAGACACUUUUAGAGGCUCCAGAAUUAGAGGAAGAUGAUGUGAGGUCAUCUGGAUCAUCUUCUCCAGAGUCGACAGGAUCAGUUGAAACUUCCAUAUCAUCUCACUUUGGUGGCAUGAAUUACCCUUCACUGUUCAGUUCAAAGCCAUCAACCUAUGGCGCUUCACAAACCUCGGAGAGGUCUAGAGGUGGUAGGUUUAACAGUUCAUCAAUGUCCGAGGGUCUUGGUUCUCCUAUAAGAGAAGAGCCUCCGCCAUACUCAUCACCUGAUAGGUAUGAGUCAUUCGAGAAUCCACUGGCUGGCCGUGGGUCUCAAAGUUUUGAAUCCCAGGAUGAUGAACGUGUUUCAUCUGGAAAUCCAAAAUCUGGAACAGCACUUUAUGAUUUCACUGCAGGCGGAGAUGAUGAGCUGAGUUUAACGGCAGGCGAAGAGGUAGAAAUUGACUAUGAAGUAGAUGGAUGGUUCCAUGUGAAGAAGAAACGGCCCGGGAGGGAUGGCAAAUUAGCCGGGUUGGUCCCGGUCCUAUACGUUAAUCAGUCUUGAGUUGGUUGUAUUCUUUAAGCUCUAUUUAUUAAACGUGGAUAUAUUAGGCGGAGCUGAAACUAAUGCAUUUUGUCUAUUUAGCUCAUUCCAUUGCUAGAGAAAAUGCAGUGAAAGAUUUAGUGUGUUGAUUUUUCUUCUCCCUGUUUUCUUGUGCUUAUUUUAUGGGUUUCGCCUACAAUUGGUACCAUAUUAUUCUUUUUAAUAGCUUUAAAUUCUCUUGUAGGAAAUCAAUAUAGCAUUUUACUUUUGAUAUUUUAUUUUCAGAGGGGAAGAAGAGGGAUUAAGUUCCGAGGAGCGUCGUUAGAAAAAAAUUUUUUUUUGAGGCAGUUGUGAAUGUGUGAUUGAUUGUACCAUGUAUGUAACAUUCUGUUUCUUUAAUAAAAAAACAAAGAAGAUGGAAUAUGAGUGGGUACUGCGGGUAUUUUUUUUUUAUCUGGGGACCAUCAUCAAUGGAUUAGGGAUUUUAAGACAGCAAUGUCUUUGGUUGUAUUGUUUUUAAAUUGAUUUUUUUUUCACAAUUUUUUUAUUAAUUUCUCAAUAUUCGAUAUUUAUAUUAGAUUUUGAUUAAUUUGGAAUCAAUUAAGUCAUGUUGA